AGUGAGCAAACACGAUACAAAGGUGGUGGACACGCAGAAAAUUUCGAAUUAAGCGAGACAAAAAAAUAAUAGAAAAACAAAAAGACAUUUUUUAAAAUAUAAAAAAGUAAAACGUAACGGAUUUUUGAAAAUAAAAAUAGUAAAUGUAACGGUUUUUUAGGUAACGGUUAAAAAGUUUGAAUAAUAAAGUAAUUAAAAACACCUAAAAUUUUACAGUAAUGAAGAAAUAAAUAGCAGAAAAUAAAUUUUAUGACUUAAAUCUUUAUAAAUUCUAAAAUUAAUGUUAAAAAAAAAACAAUAUUAAAACUAAAUUAUGGAACAUAAUAAUGCAACAACAACUUCAACAACGAAUUUGCGCCAACAGCAGCAGCAACAACAACAACAAUCGUCUAGAGAACAACAAUUAACACAAAAAUUACAAGAGCAACAGCUUCAUCACCAGCAACAACAACAAACAAAUAAUAACAACAAUGAAAAUCAACAACAAUUUUGCUUAAGAUGGCAUAAUCAUCAGACCAGUUUAUUAAGUACACUGCCCGUAUUACUUGAUCAAAGUCAUUUAACAGAUGUCACUAUAUCAGCCGAAGGACGCACUUUACGUGCCCAUCGUGUGGUUUUAAGUGCUUGCAGUUCUUUCUUUUUGGAAAUUUUUCGCACUCUAGAAUCGACUCAUCAUCCGGUUAUUAUAAUACCCGGGGCCUCUUUUAAUGCCAUUGUAUCGUUGCUAACGUUUAUGUAUUCGGGUGAGGUGAAUGUGUAUGAGGAACAGAUACCUAUGCUUUUGAGUUUGGCCGAGACUUUAGGCAUUAAGGGUUUGGCAGAUGUGCAUAAUAAUUUACAGAAACCUUGUAAAACCCCGGCAGACAAAGAACCUUUACAUAGUCCUAAGGAGGAAUUGCUGAAAUCACCCACGCCCCCUUCUCCACCGCCUACUGCAGCCUCCUCAACUGUUAACUUUACUUUGCCUACCACACCCGCCUCUUCAGCCAAUUUAAAUAACUCGUUGCCGGCAGCCAAUUUUAAUCCUCUUUUAUCUACAAAAUUUCCCUCUCCCUUGGAAAAUUUCUUUUUGAAAUCUUUACAAUUCUAUCCCAAUCUAAUGCACCAGCCUUUGAACUUCUCCCAAACUGCCUUAAAUAAGACUUCGGACCUAUUGGCCAAAUAUCAACAACAAUGUAAUCUUUAUCAAGCCAAUAUGGCUAUUACUCCCAAAGACUUAUUGCCCUCCCUCAUGCACUCGGAGGAAGAUUUACAAAUGGCCAAAAGAUUUUGUUCGGGUUUGGAUAAGAAAACUGCUCUCAGCUCCCAACAAUUGCAGCAAAAUCAGCUUUCUCUACAGCAGCAAAAAGACAUCAAACGUAUCGACAAAAUAGUGAAAAAUUUGCGUGUUUCAAGUAACGCCGCCAGUGGUAGUGCGAGCUCUAGCAGUAAACUUGAAAAGGGGGCAUCUGAUAAUUUAAGCAACUCCCCCUUAUCAACACAUUUACAUGCACAACUUUCGCCCUUAAGCAUUAAAACUUCUAUGGAUAACUACAGCUCCACUCCCUCUCCCUUAAUCAACAGCAAAUCUUCACUCUUCUCGAACACUAGCAACACCGACACCUCUAGUCCUUUGCACUCACAAUUACCCUAUAAUAUCUCGCCCGAGGAUCAAUUGAAACUACAGCAACAUUUAGAUAAAUAUGCUCAAUCUUGUGCUCGCACCAUGGAAGUGGCCAAUGAAAGUUUAAAAAAUGAGGCGGCCAGAUUAAUGUCUAAUGAAAAACUUAGCUCCUCCCAGAGUCCACAAACUAAGCCUCCUUCCAACUCAAAAUUAUAUGCCACUUGUUUUAUUUGUCACAAACAAUUGAGCAAUCAAUAUAAUUUAAGAGUGCAUUUGGAAACGCAUCAAAAUGUGAGAUAUGCCUGUAAUGUUUGUUCUCAUGUCUCGCGCAGUAAGGAUGCUUUGCGUAAACAUGUUUCCUACAGACACCCGGGGGCUCCCUCGCCCUGUGAAACUGAGGCCAGAAGGAAAAGGGCCAAUAAGGUUUUAGCCUCCCAGUUAAAUGCUGCUGCAAUGGCUCAUACCUCACCCUCCUCGGGGGAGGUAACACCCACCUCACCCAAUACUUUAACACAUUUUCCCACAGCCUCUACCACCAGCAGCAGCUCUACAACAAAUGAUUUGAAUUGCAAUGAAAGUUCCGCUUUAACAGCCGCCCAAUUAAGUUCAGCCUAUCAAAUGUUUAUGCCCAAUCAAUUUCAUUUAGCGGCUGCGGCAGCUCAACAACAACAGCAUCAACAACAAACAAACGAACAACAAUCACCAAACUGUUCAGUGGCUUCUUUACCUCCGAAAGAUUUUAGCCAUAAUUUAAGCUCUGCAACCUCCUCCUCCACCACUUCCACAUUUUUAAAUAACACACCAUGUAGUCCUUCACACGAAAACACGAAAUCAUCCCCCGUACCCACCAAUAAUUCUACAACCUCUCCUCACAAUCCUAACGAUCUUUCUAAUCCGACGAAUACUAAUAAUGUAGAAGCGAGCUUAAGUCCUAAUUUGAAUACUUCUAAUUAAGGACUUUUUAGAAGAUAAUUAAUGUUUUCUUUGGGAAAACAAAUUAGCUAAAUACCACCGCUAUGUUACUUUACUUUAAAAAAAAAAAACCUUCCCAAUGUCUAGUCCCAACUGUGAUAUAUUUGAAAAAAGUCAUCAUUUUGUUAAAAACUUUUAAACUUUCCCAAAAAAGGACUAUUGUGUGAAGAAAAUAAAGAUUUUGAAACUUUUUCUUUAGAUUAAAGGCUAGUCUACGGUUUAGUCUAUAAAAUAGUCUAUAGUCUUUUCUAUAGUCUAGUCGAUAGUUUAGUCUAUAGAAUAGUCUAUAAUCUAGUGUUUAGUCUAGUGUAUAGUCUAUAGUCCAGUCUAUAGUCUAGCCUUUGUCUAGUCUAUAGUCUAUUCUAUAGCCUAGUCUUUAGUCUAUGCUAUAGUCUAGUCUAUAGUCCAGUCUAUAGUAUAGUCUAUAGUCCAGUCUAUAAAUUAGUCUUCAGUCUAGUCUAUAGUGUAGUCUAUACUCCUGUCUAUAGUCCAGUCUAAAAUCUUGUCUAUAGUCCAGUCUAUAUUGUAGUCUAUAGUCUAAUCUAUAGUCCAGUUUAUAGUCUAGUCUAUAGUCUACUCUAUAGUCUAUAUUUAUCUAGUUUCUUCUCUUCUCUUUAGUUUUUUCACAAAGUUUACGCUUUAUCUCUUUCAACACAAUAGUUCUUCUCAAAUUUUGUCUUAUUAUGUUAUUUAAUAAUUCCUUUCUUAUUAUUUAAUAUUUAAAAUAUUGGAGGCUUAUCUUAGUUUUAAAUUACUAGUUGAUUUAUGUUUCUUUACAAAAGAUUUUUUGUUAAUUAUUGACUCCUAUGGCGUAUAAAUGGAUAAUAGACUUAUUCAUGUUUCCCCUAAGCAAAAAACUAAAAAUAUCACGAAUAUUCCAUGAAAUUUUCAAUGGUUUACAUAAUUCCAUAUUUCGAUUUUUGUUUCACUCGAAUAUUC